AUUAUUCAAUCAUAAAAAAAUUACACAACGGAAAAUAGUAGAAACGACACUCUUUCUGUCUCGUCGGUUUCCUUUUACACAACAGUCCUCUCCUCAAGCCCCCAAGAACCAGACCACUUCCCCCAAUUCACCCUUCAUCAAUGACAUCGAUUAAAUCUCCUUCAAAUCUCAUGCUCGAUAUGAAAAAGCUCUAUAUCUUCUUCAUGGAGUUUUCAUUUGCUUUCUAAUUUCUUAAAUUUCUUGAAAAACAUCAAGCACUUUAAUUCCCGAUCAUCACUACCACCAUCUGGAUCUGGAUAAAAGAGGGAAUCGGGUAAACGGGUGUUCGUGUCUGGUAUUGAUUCUCUCUAGGGUUACUAGCCAGUUUGACAUCUGAUCUGUACACCCAAUUUUGGCAAAGAAAAAUGCUGUCUUUUUGGUUCUUUUCUUCUUUUGCAUCUCACAAAAUUAAUUGUUUCCAUUCAUAGAAAACCCUUGAUUUGAACCCUGGGUUAUUCCUGUUUUUUUGACAACUUCCACUGGGAUUUGGAUGAAAUAUUCCCAAAAGUAGUAUUGCCUGGACUGGAAGUAUAUAUAUAUAUAUAUAUAAUGAUGGCUAGGGAAAAAGUACAGAUCAAAAAAAUUGACAAUGCUACAGCAAGAAGGGUGACUUUCUCCAAGAGGAGAAGAGGGUUAUUCAAGAAAGCUGAAGAGCUUUCUGUACUUUGUGAUGCUGAUGUUGCUGUCAUCCUCUUCUCCUCUAAUGAUAAGCUCUUUCAAUAUUCAAGCUCAAGCAGCAUGGAUGAAGUAAUCGAAAGGCGUAGCUUGCACUCAAAAAAUCUUGAGAAGUUAAACCAACCAUCCCUUGAGUUGCAGCUGGUUGAAGACACCAACUAUGCCAACUUAAGCAAAGAAGUUGCCGAGAGAACCCUUCAGUUAAGGCAGUUGAGAGGGGAGGAGCUUCAGGGUUUAAGUAUUGAAGAGCUGCACCAGCUUGAGAAAUCGCUUGAAGCUGGAUUGAGCCGUGUUGUAGCCAAAAAGGGCGAGGUUAUUAUGAAUGAGAUUAAUCAUCUUCAAGAGAAGGAAGUGAAACUCAUGGAGGAGAACAACAAACUAAGACAAGAACUUUUGAAGAUAUCUAAUGCUUGGAAGCUAACUGGUGGUUAUUCUGGUGAUGAUGGUGACUCAUCAGAAUCGACUAAUAUCAGCAACUCUACUGGUCCUCCACAAGAUUAUGAGAGCUCUGGUACUUCCCUCAAGUUGGGGUUGCCUUACUCUGGCUGACGAAAGCUCAUAGGAUUUCUAGUUAUAUAAACUAUAUGUAAAUGGCAUUUAUAACAAUGGUCUCUUUGCCUCUCACAUAAGCUUUGGGUUAUGCUUCUUGGAUGAACACACUCACCAUCUCCAUUAAUCCUUACUACAAAACUAGAAAAUGUGGUUGCAAAUGUAUAAAAUUCAACUAUAACCAUAUAUAGCCAUAUUAUGGAUGGUUCACUAA